ACAGGCAUGCGCCCCAAUGACAUUCGCCAAUUGCAAAUGGCCGAGCUUGUCCUGCAGAGGUUGUUUACAGUGAGUGCAGUUUCUCGUUCGUAUCAACGUGAAUCCGCCCCGCAGUUUCACUAGUAAAGCGCUCAGCGCCUCUUUGCGCCCCUCUGGGUUAAGUGCGCUACCUUCGAGCUGCGCCCUUUGCGUCCAAACGGCGAUUUUCAGUGUCUACGUGAACCGAUCUGUGUCAGCAAUGGCCGCUAUCAACAAGGUUUGUUGUCGCCGGUGAACGGGGCCCCUUUUUCCCGAGCAGCGCGCAGCCCCAACAAUGGCGGAAAAUCGCUCGUACAAGAUAAUGGUGUUUCGGCCCACAUGGGAGGAGUUCAAGAACUUUGCCAAGUAUGUGGAGUAUAUGGAGUCGAUGGGGGCCCACAAGGCCGGCCUGGCUAAGGUGAUCCCGCCCCCUGAGUGGGUGCCCCGCAAAAGCGGCUACGAUGUGCAGGAUUUGAAUUUGACGAUCCCGGCCCCCAUUUGCCAAGUGGUGACUGGCAAGCAGGGGCUGUAUCAGCAGAUUAACAUACAGAAAAAGCCGAUGAGCGUCAGGCAGUAUCAGGAGCUGGCCAACUCGGAGCGCUACGCCACGCCGCGGCACUUUGACUACGAGGAUCUGGAGCGCAAGUACUGGAAAAACAUCACGUAUGUGGCCCCAAUUUAUGGGGCGGACGUUUCGGGGAGCAUCACCGACAAUGACGUCAAUGAGUGGAACAUCAACCGCUUGGGGACCAUCCUGGACUUUGUCAACGAGGACUACGGGAUUUCAAUCGAGGGUGUCAACACCGCCUACCUGUACUUUGGCAUGUGGAAGACCACAUUCGCCUGGCACACUGAGGAUAUGGACCUGUACUCCAUCAAUUUCCUGCACUUUGGCGCGCCCAAGACCUGGUACGCCAUUCCUCCGGAGCAUGGGCGCCGCCUCGAGCGCCUGGCCAACGGCUUCUUUCCCUCGUCCUACAAGACCUGCCAGGCGUUUCUGCGCCACAAGAUGACGCUCAUUUCCCCGCAGAUUCUCAAGCAGUACUCGAUCCCCUAUAACAAGAUCACCCAAGAGGCGGGCGAAAUCAUGAUCACCUUCCCCUACGGGUACCAUGCCGGGUUCAAUCACGGCUUCAACUGUGCCGAGUCGACGAAUUUCGCGUGCGAGCGCUGGGUCGAGUACGGCAAGCGUGCCUCGCAGUGCACCUGCAGCAAGGACAUGGUCAAGAUCUCGAUGGACACUUUCGUCAAGCGCUUUCAGCCCGAUCGGUACGACAAGUGGCUGAAAGGGGAAGAUGUGGGGCCCCACCCGGAGGAGCCCGAUCGCAAAGUGGCAGCGCCGCUGCCCCUACCGCAGGACAUCUUGUGCAACAAGAACAACCCCACCCUGCCGCAGAGCUACAUGGAGGGCCCGUUCAAGAAGAAGAAGGGCCGCAUGAUGGCCGGGUACCCCAAUUUUGCAGAAUUCCCGCCCGAGCUUCAGCUGCAGCUGAUGGAGGAGGACCAGAACCUCUCAUUCGGCGACGACCUGCAGCCGGAUGAGCAGCAGAUGGAGGUGCUCGAGGACAUUUGGUUGAAAGCCGGUGAAAUCGACGCUGAGGAUGUGGAUAUUUGUGACGACGGCUACAACGUGAAGAAGGGCCGGAAGAUGAAGGUGAAGCGCAACCGCAAGGGGCGCAAAGAGGAGGGCGCGAAGGCCAAGAAACAGUGCGGCAAAAUAGUUGCGCUUGCCCCCGCCUCUCCUGGUACAGAUGAUCUAGUCAAGUCCCUAGUGGCUCAAGAGAGCGACCUCAUCAACAAGAAGAAGCUCAAACACAAGGAGCGCCGACGCAAGAAGAAGGACGAAGCCCCCAGCGUGGCUCCGCCUGAGGCGUCGCCACCCCCAGCUCCGGUGCCGCCGCCCCCAGCGCCGGCUCCGCCCCCAGAGGAGAUCGACCAGGUGAAAGCCCAAGCGGCAGUGGAUCGGAUAAUCCGGCAGGCCGACGAAGAGUACGAGCGCACCCUGGCUCUUUACCCGCCCCCAAUAGCGGCCAUUCGCCCGCCACCGCCGCCGCCCAUCAACAAGGGCUACGAAAGCGCCUUUUUGUCUUUCCUGCAAAGCAGCGGGCGCAGCCUGCCGAGCAGCCUGGUGCGCCCAGCCAAGCUCGCCGACUCGGUGAGUCUGAGUCCGAUCAAGAAGGAGCUGCAGCAGAUCUCGCAGGAGCUGCCCGGCACGUCGGCCAGCCCCGACCUGGAGCUGUUCGGGCAGCUGCAGGGCAACAGCCGUACGCCGCCGUCCGUUUUCUACCAGCGCCCGGCCGCCGCUGAGACCAUCACGCUCUACUCCGCCCCCAGCGCCGAGCCGCUGGCCAACAACCAGCGGACGCCGCCCAGUUUGCUGCAGAAACUGGUGCCGAUCACCGCGGCGCCCGCAGGGCGCAAGCCCAGCACCUUCUGGACCAAUCCGAGCUUCUACAGCGUGAACAGCUGCCCCAAGAUGAUCUACGUGAACAGAGACAGGCUGUUUCCGCUGACCAGCCAGCCAAUCCGGCUGGAGGCCCCGCAGGGCCCCAAAGUGGUGGUGGAGCCGGUGAAGCAACCGGAGCCCGAAGGGGCGCGGGCGGGCGGCAAAGCCCCCGCCCCCACCGCCAUGCACCGGCAGCUGCUCAAGUGCCAGAGCGGCGACUUUCGCAAGGGGCGUCGCCUGAAGAUCCUCAAGGAGCUGGUGCAGUUCUGCAAGAAUCGGAUGGAGCCGCGGGUGCCGCCCGUCGCGCCCUCUCUCGAUCCAGUCGUGCAGCUGGACGACGUGCUCAAUCAGUUUCCAUUGCAGCAGCGCCAGCUGCUCAAGCGCGGACUGUCGGUGAAACCCGCGAUUGACAAUCGGCUCGCCAUCGGGCCGGAGGAGGAAGUGUGGGGCAAGCACAAGAAUGGGCGGUUCUAUCGGGGGCGGGUGCUGGCGGUCAAGCCACGCCCCCGCCUCUGCAUCCAGUUUGAGUGCGAUCGCACCUUUGUGGAGGACAUCGGGACCGAUUGUCUGGUCGACUGGCUUGGCGCGCAGGAUCCUGUCGAGGGCGACCGGAUCCGCGUCCGCUGGACUGACGGCGUCAUUUAUGAGGCCCGCUGCGUCGCCCGCAACGACGCCCUCUACUACACGGUGCUGUUUGAGGACCUGAGCCAGAGGGACCUGAGCCGCGGGUCGGUCUACUCGCUGAAGGAAUCCAUUCCCAAGAGGGUGAUGGCUAAGUUGGAUGUUUGGUUGCAGUCGCACGCCUCCGCGAUGACUCAUCGCGAGCACCUCUACGAGCUAGAGCGCACCCUGCCGGAGAAGCGGCCCGUCAAAGUGAAGACGCCCGAAACCUAGGGGACGCCCCAGCCCCACAAGACUGACACAGCCUCACUGCGGUGAGGCGAUUAGGCCCCGUGGCCCCCCGAUCUAGUUAAUUGCCUUUUGUGAUUUACUUAUCCGUUAAUUAAACCCCGCCCGCCAGCUCCCCCCUUGUCACAGCCCAGUUUGUAUUAUUACUAGUUAGUUCGGUAGGUUAGAUGGCGCGUUCGCGUCCACUGUGUUUUGUACAUACAUUUCGUAUAGGGCGAUUGUAGGAUGUUGUAUAGGGCGCCACCUGUGGGGGCGUCGGAAAUAAAGCGUCUGUUUGCCAGGA